AUGGUCCAGCCAGCCUCCUCGGCACCAGGCCCUUCGGUCGCCGCUCCGCCUCCUACAUCGAGCCUCUUGGUCUCCUACCAAGACAUCUUUGAACAUCUCGAGCUCGCACGCCAUCAUCGCGAUGCAGACCAGAUCCGCGACAUCCUCACCCAUCGCAAGGCAGACCUCACAUCGUGCCUCCAGCCUUUUCCCAUACACACCUCGCCAGACCAAACCACAGCCAACGAUAGCCUCCCGCCCGCAAGCUUGAAACUCGCAGAUGGCUCCACCCACUCCCUCGACCAGGAGACGCGCAACCUCUGCAAAGACAUCGCUGCCCGAUACAACACCUCGCAUCAGCAUGCCUUUGCCCUCUUGCACACCUUCCUAGCAGCAGAGAAUCGCUCGCUCGACGGCAUCCAAGACAUCGUCCGCUCCCACCUCCAACAGCCACCCCCCUCCCCCGUCAAAUCCAGAGCUUCCAGAUCCAGACCAGACCGCUCGCGACACCAAGCCCGCACCGAGUCCGACGACAGCGCAACAAAAACCGCCGACCUCCUCGAUGCCUUCAACAUCUUCUACUUUGAGGAGCGCAUGUACCUUCUCCGCACCAUCUCCUCACUCAUCCGCAUCACAGAGGAUCCUCAGCACGUCUACUACCACAUCGCCAUCGCCAUCCUCGACUUCUUCGCCGACGAGGCUUUCGCACUUCAGUGCAUCGACCACUUCGUCUCGCUCGUCUCCCUGCCGCUUCCAGAGUCCAUCCGACAGCAGCCGCGCUACUCGACCCUCUGGGCAAAGCAGAUCCUACGAGAGCAGUUUGGCCUGCUCGAAAUCGUCUUUCUCCUCUUCUACGGUCGCCUCUCUCCCUCGCCCAAACCCGUACUCGCCCUCCUUGGCGCAGUACACCAGACCGAAGUCGGUCGUCGUCAGGCCAACCUCGGCUUCUUCGACGCAGAGGCCGCAGAGACCGUAGAUUGCCUCGGUCACCUCCUCGUCCUCAUCGCCGUAGAGCUGCUCUCGCUCGAAGAGGUCAUGGACGGUCUCGAUCUCGACCAAGAUACCCUGGAAUCCCACAUCUCCAAAAACGCUCCGAGCCUCGAACAGGCACUCGAUCUGCUCAGCAGCACCUCCGCAGACCCUCUCCAGGCUCCCAUCUUGCUCGCAUGGGCGCUCGUCCUCCAUCGUCUCGAAGACGCGCUCGUCGCUGCCACAGACGCCUCCGACGCCUCGGACCUCGAGCCCUCCCGCCAUCUCACCGCUUCCCUAUCCGAGCUCGCCGACGUCGUCAGGACCGACGACGGAGGUCCUUCGCUCUGGAGAAGACUCGCGCAAGCUGCCUUCGCACCCGAAUUGCGCCUUUUCGACACCUUGAUGGCCUUGCUAUCCUCUCCGCUCUUGACCAGCAGCAACGGCGCCAGCAACCCCGCCGUCGCAGGUCCCUCCGCUCUCGCCUACCGCGCCGUCUUCAAGGGCCUCUUGCUCAGCAUCACCGAGCUCGUCAAGCCCGAGUUCCUCCCCAACUUUGACGCUCUCGUCAGCCUAUGGGAGGCCACCUUCGGCUCCGGCCUCACCCUCGAGCUCAACCAGGCUGCCAUCGACGGCGUAGCCGCCCUCUGCGACCAGUUCUGGCAGAUCGACAGCAGAUACGAAUCCAGAUGCACCACCCUCGACACCGCAAGGCGCCGCUGGCCAGUCAGCUUCCGUCCCUUGAUCCUCCUCACAAAGGCACUCUCGGGACACGCUCGAGUCGACUCGCAGGCCUCGUGGCCCUCCUUGCUCGACAACCAGUCGCGCCUCGAACCAGAGGAGCGCGCUUGCGCCGCCGUCUUUGACUAUCUCGCCAACGUGCCCACCUUUGCCCAAGUCCUCCCCAUCGGCGCCAACACUCCCAACGCUCCUUUCGAGACCAUGGAGGGAGGCGACUACACCUCGGUCACCUACAGGAUCACCCGCCUCAUGCGGGUGCCUGGCACCCAAAUUCGCCUCGUGCCCGGCACCACGGGUUCCACCAUAUCCGAGCUCGGAAAGGAUCCCGUGAUCGUGCUCUGGAGUCCCGCCCGGCCCAUCAGCGCCUGGAAACUCAUGCGCGACGUCCUCUCCUCCUUUCCACCCGCCUACGCAGACCACAGCGCCGCAGACCACGAUGCCGAUCCGUUCCGCGAAGGGCGCCAGGCCGUCGACCUCGCUCAACUCGCUCCCGCCGAUGCCCACGUGCCCUGGGAGGAGCUCGCCUCGGACGUGCUCGACCUAUUCGCCAGCAUCAUCUCGUCCAGCGCCGAUCUCGCCUGGGCCGUCCUCGCUCACCUCGACGGCCGCGACAUCAAUGCAGACGAGCUCUCGCUCGACUUGGAGCCCGAGGAGCUCGAACAGAUCCAAAAGGAGAAGGAGGAUUUGGCGCACGCAAAGAGUCUUUCGUCCAUCGCAGUCAGCCUCUUGUCGCACGCCCUCGUCGCAGCACCCAUCAGCGUUCGACUCGUUCGCUCCACGCUCAAGCUUCUCACCGUGCUGCUGCCCUACGAUCCCGAUGCCGUCUGGCAGGAGGUGCGCUCGUCCAACGCCCUCAUUGGUAGUCCUGGCGCAAUUCCUUACCUCUCCAAGGUAACCUCCAGCGCCAGCGCUUCCACCGUAUCCGCCUUGCUCACCCAGGAACUCGGCCGCGCGUCGUAUUCUGGCUUGAUCUCUCUGCUCGAUUUCCACAUCGCGUUGUUCUCAGAGCUCCAGAGAUCGUACUCGACCGCCUCGAUCGAAGUGCUCGAGACCAAGACCAACGUUCUCCUUCGAGCUUUCGGCUGGAUCUUCGAAUGCGUCUGGCCCGAGUACCAGAGCUGGCGGUACCUUCGCCUUGCAGACAGGCUCGAGAUCGGCUCCAAAUGCACGCGCCUGCUCGAGAUGGCGCUCGCAGAACGAAGCUGGCGUGCUCCUCUCACCCCUUCCCCCGACUCCGCUGAUGGAGCUGGACCGGCUUCGUCUCUGGUCGAAAUGGCGGAAAGGAAUCUGGUCACUCAUCCAAGCAUCCUGGGUCUCGCUCCUCUGAUCACGUGCAUCGGAACCGGCCAGCAGCUUCUUGAGGCGUUGGGCCGAGCAGGCAGGCAGACCGACGCUGUCUUGGCAGAAGAGUGGAUCGCAUCCACCCUGCGUCUCGCAACGCUCAUUGUAUCACGCAGGCGUGAGCACACUCUUGCCGCACUGCACGAUCUCUCGUCGCUUCCGGCGGAAACCGCGAAGAAGGCAAUGUCUGCCAGGCUCAACACGGGUCUGUUCGAGAGGCUCUUCUUCGACCACACCAUCGUGGCCUCUCGCGCCGUGCUCAGCGGUGCGCGCAAGUCGAAUCGGGUUGAGCUCGCUGGCGCUGCCUUUGCCUAUGUGCUCUUCCCUACAUCCACGGUCAUCAGCUCAUCUGCGGCUCACUUGAUUACCGCCAUCCUCAGGUCCACCGCUGACCUUGCACCGGCGGGCAAGCAGCCUCCUGGUCUCAUCGGGCACUUGGGCACCCUCGCAGAGCUCGAAGAUACCCUUUCGGGCCUCGUCGAGCUUGUCAAUAACCCGAAUCAGGACGCCACGCUCAAGGUGCGCGUCUGGACCAUGUUGGCGGCGAUCGUCGACACUCAGCCUGCCCUGGGCACUCUCCUUUUGACCGGCCGUCAUCUGGCCAUGACGACAGAGACGCGUCUCAACACAUCCGAGGCGAACACCAAGGCCGACAAGCCCGAGACCAAGGCCACUGACACCGCCAACAGCUUCACGCGAGGCAAGGCCUUGACGACGACGGCGCUGGAUGUCGCUUCGGAAGCGAUCCUGUCUUGGCGCCCCACCCACAGAGAAGGCCCGCACUUGCUCGAGGCGGUGCUGAGGUUCCUCGACGUGGCCUGGAUCCAUGCGGCAGAGCAUGUGGCUGCCUUUGACACGAUCCGCACCAACGUCUCGUUCUUCCGAGCGCUAGCCGACAUCGUGUGCGAAACGACGCAAGUGCCUUCCACAGUGGCACAGGACCUCGAUGAUGCCGACUCUGCGCUGCAUUCACGCAGCGACGAUAGCGUGGCGACCUACUGUUAUCAAAAGAUGUGCCAGGCUCGCUCGCUGCGACUGUUGCAACACGACAUCCAGCUCGGCGGCAUCCUCAAGAAUUCCAGCAAGAACGACAAGCCCAGCAAGGCGAGCCUCGACGCCAUGCUCGACAUGCUCACCUCGUCCGACCGUAUCCUCGGCGCGCUCGAGACGUGCUUCUCGAUGCCGUGCGAUCCACAGAUGCGCGCCUCGUUGGAACGCAAGCUCGUCGAGCUCUUCCCAUCGAUCUACGUUGACCAGCUGCGACACCCCGCGCGGAAGGAUGACUUUGAUCUCGACCGACGCUACGGCGACGACUACCACUUCAACACGGCGUCGUUCCGCGCCAAGGCUGAAGGACGCAUCCUGGAUCACGAGAGCGCGGGCGAAGUGGCGCUGAUCGAAGAGGGUCUGCUGGCGAUCCAGACGAUCAACAUGGAGUGGAGUCUGAUCGACGUGCAGAACUCGGUGCUGCAGGCGUGGACGCAGUGCGUCGAGUUGUGCAUGGGUCGCAUCGUGGCGCAGGCGUUGGGACAAAGCAAGAUGAGCGGCAUGGAAAAGACGAUCAUCACUGCGUGGACGCGACUUGCAACGCUGGCAGCCGAUGAGGGCCGGGAAGGCGACUUUAUGCGCGGCGUGCAUGCGAUGCGCAUGGCGCUGCUGACCAAGCUGAUGGAGCUGGCCUGGGGACACCGCCGCAGCAUGGAAUCGAGCAGCACGGACCAGGUCGUACAAGCAGCUACCAUCUGUGGCCGCCUCGUCACGCAUCCGCACUUCAAGGUGGAAGAUAGUCUCAAGGGCACGAUGCCGCCCGAGUUUCAUCGGGAGGUGUUCGAGAUGGUGCUUGUGUGCAUCUCGAGCAUUCGUGCGCUGCUUGCGUCGCACACCGCGCUGGCACGUCCUGACGACAAGACGAUCGAGAGCCACAAGGCUCUGCACGCAGCCGUCGAGCUGUUCUGCCGCCAUGCCACCGAAGCGCUUCGCAUCAAGAUGGAAUCCGCCCUGCGAGUGCUGCAAACGUCUCGGUACGACGUCGAUCUGCAGAGUCUCGACGACGACCUGGCCAUCCUCGUCAGCAUCUUCGAGAUGACGAUCCGCCGCGAUGUGGGCGCCGAGACAGGCGUGUGGCUGUCGCACGUGCAGGAGGUCCAGCUACUGCAGAUCGCCAUCAACCUGCUGGGCCGUGCACCUGUGCUGCGAAACGACGGCGCUCACGGGCCCAACAGCGCGCAUCACGUGGCGUUCAUGAAGCCGCUGCUCUCGCUGCUGCUGGCGGUGGCAUCUCAGCCCUCGUCGGGCGAAGAGCUUGCUCUGCAGGGUGCGGUCAACGCUCUGGCGUCCAACAUGAUCACGGAUGCGUUGGAGAACGGUCAAGUGUCACCGCUUCUGCUGACGGGCGAUUCGAAUCCGACGCACGAGUGCUGGCGGAUGAUGCUGCGCGUCGUCGUCAACCUGAUCGACAACAUUGGUGCGGGCAACGACAGUGCGAGCUGGCGCGGCGUCAGUGUGCGCUUUGUCGAGACCGACGUGAUGGGCUUUGUGCGCGUCUACCAGAGGCAGAUUGAUCGCGCGCUCAACCUCGGCGAGUUGCAGGCGCGUCUCGAGUCGAUGACCGGACUGGUGGGUCCAUCCGCCUCGAGGGACGCCAGCGCCUGGGCUGGCUCGGCAUUGAGCAUGGAGCAUCUGGAAGAGAUCGAGUUGAUCUCGAGCCUGCUGUACAGCCUGACUCGGAUCGAGAGCGAGCAGCCCGCGCAGUCGCACGUAGGUCACACGGACCGUUCAGCCCCUUCGAUCGUGCAGCACCUGGCCGAGGCGGUAGCAUGGACGCUUCCGCCACUGGUACAUCUGCUGCAGCAUCCACACGAGCUCAACAGCCUGUUGGGCCUCGACUCUGACAGCCAAGCGGAACAAGAUCGUGCGGUGUCCAAGAUGCGCAGCAUCGUGUCGGUGCUCGUCGCGAGUCUAUGGAAUCACACGCGGUGUGUGCUUGUUCUAUGCCGCGGAUCCGAGUCCUGGCCAACGCCCUCGUCGGGCUGCGCGAUCGUGAGGCCGACGACUCGAACGAGCACCGUGCGCAUCGCUACGCUGGGAACGCUGUUGGACCUCAGCUCCUACCUCACCGACGUGGUGCGCAAGAGCAAGAUGACAGGCGAGGAGAAGGCGGCGUGCUCGGCGACGCUGGAGCAGACGCUUGGACUGGCGGCGAGCCAGGCGGCCAUCUGGGCCAGCGGCAAGUCCAAGCACGAGGAGCAUGCUCGCCUCGAGCACAUGGCUAGGCAGGAACUCGAAUCGGGCUUGUCGCGCGAUUUGGUCUCGGCGCUGCGCGCUGCCGACGAGGUGGCGGGUGGAAAAGACGGGCUAUUCGCACUUGUGCAGGCGUUUGUAGAGUCCAAGCUCACUGGUGCGCACUUCUAA